AUGACAGACUCAAAUAGAAGAAGAAGAAGUUUGUCAGAUGGGAGAGUGGUGAUCACCCAACAUUUCACUGAGAGAACAGUUACUCCUGGAGGUGAUAUCAGUAUGCAAUGCGCAGCCGCCGGUGACAGACCUCCACAGUUCGUGUGGGAAAGAGAUGGAGUAGUGGUCACUAGUAAUACUGAACACAGAUACGCCUUAGGCCAAGUCAUGACGUCAGACAACUCAGUGGUGGCCCAGCUGAACAUAACCAGAGUAAGAGUAGAAGAUGGAGGUUUGUACUCGUGUACGGCGAGAGAAGGAGAACAUUCAGCUAGUCACGAGAACAGACUGGAUGUUUAUGGUCCGCCAUACAUACGUUCAUUACCACCAAUCAAAAUUCAAAGUGGGGAAUCAGUUAACUUGAGAUGUCCUUAUUAUGGAUAUCCAAUCAGCAAAAUUGACUGGGAAUUCAAAGGGCAAAUCCUGAACACCAACAACUUGUUCCAAACGAGAUACAGAAGAUAUUUACACCACAAAAGGAAAUCUAGACGUAACGCUCCCACGGUCAACAUUAAUGGUAUACUUAGUAUCCCAGAAGUAACUAAAGAACAUAAUGGAGCAGUUUACACUUGUAUAGUAACUAGUCCUUCCGGAGAAAUGGCUAGGAGGGCGUUUGAAGUGCAAGUCAUCGAAGCGCCUGUGUUAGAAGAUUUGCUCUUAGGAAAUAAUCUGCAAGAGGGGCAGAUAGUAAAUAUCUAUUGUAAUGUUAGAAGCGGUGAUCUUCCAAUACAUUUCGAAUGGUUGAAAGACGGUAAAAGGAUACCGAACAGUCUGAAGGUGGUAGAGAGGAGUUCAGAACUUUUCAGUGCGUUGGUGAUAAAGAAAGUUUCUUUGGAGCACUGUGGGACUUACACUUGUGUUGCAUCAAAUCACGUCGCCAAAGUGAACCGCUCUACAGAGCUUUAUAUCAAAGUGGCACCAAAAUGGCUUGAUGAACCAGCAAAUUCUUCCCUCUUAUUGGGCAGACGAGGAGCAGUCUCGUGUAGUGCCACCGGCUACCCUCAGCCGCAGGUCCAUUGGAUGAAGAAGGAUGCAAUUCUCGGCACUUGGCAGCCGGUCCUCGAACUGGCUGGUGGUGGCAUACUGAGCCUCCCCAAUGGGACCCUGGUGAUUGAGGAGGUGUCCUUGUCUGAUGAUGGACUGUACUCUUGUAACGUGGAGAAUGGAGUUGGUCAACCUUUGAGCAAGACUAUAUGGAUGAGCGUCAAUAAACCAGUUCACUUUGAAUCUUCAUCCAACAAUGUGACCUCAAGGCUUGGUCACCCCGUCACUUUGGAGUGUCGUCCGCUGGGUGAUGAACCAAUCAGGAUCGUUUGGAUACACGAUGGGAACCCCGUGGAGUUCCAGAACCCAAGGAUUAAACUAUCAGAAACGAAGAUCAACCAAGGAGUGUCCAGCUCCAUCCACUUCCAACACACGGAAACUGCAGACGCUGGGGUCUAUCAAUGUAGGGCUAGCAACCCUUAUGGCAGUACCAGUUUUAGCGUCCAUCUCACUAUAUUAGAACCACCUACGCCACCGUCUGAUGUCCGCAUCGAAGCAGUGCGCUCCAGAACUGCCGCCAUCUCCUGGAGGGACACCCUCAGGGCUCACGCGAGGCAUUACAGCCUUCAGUACGUGCCGUCGCAGUACGGAGACAGUGUGUGGGAGAACGCUGCUAAUGUCAAUGUCACCAGAAAAGACACAGACCUUCGGCAGUCAAUAGAACUACAAAAUCUGAGGCCGGCGACCGCGUAUGCUGUGCGAGUAGCGACCGGCAACCAAGUGGGCACCAGCCUUUAUACAGCGCCGGUACACUUCACCACUCAUGAGGAAGCACCGUCGUCCCCGCCGCUAAAUUUACAAGUGGACCAAACAGAGAACCCUGGGGAGCUCCGCGUGUCGUGGCUGCCUCCGUUGAAGGAAUCGCACAACGGAGUCAUACUGGGGUACCACGUGAAAGCAUUGCCACAAAAUGUAGGGAAUGAAGACACCGACACGAGAACUUUGAAGGUUUCUCAACAAUCUGGAAAACAAGAGACUUUGUUGAGCGGUCUACUAAAGAACACAAGAUAUUCAGUAUCCGUAUCAGCGUUCACAAGUGCUGGAUCAGGUCCGUUCUCACUUCCAGUCUUCCAGGACACCAGAGAAGGAGCACCAGAACAAUCACCGUCAUCAAUAGAGUGCGCAGCUGUGUCAUCGACGUCGCUGAGGGUCGGGUGGCAACCCAUCUCGCUGCCGGGUCAGGGUAGCUCCUUGAUGGGAUACACCGUGCUAUAUGCUACCGAAGACGGAGCCUGGAAUAACCAGACAUCUUUACACACAGAAAUCUACAUCCAGGGUUUGAACAAGUACACCAACUACACGGUCAAAGUGGCUGGAUUCUCCAACUUCGGAGCUGGUCCAUUUUCAUAUCCCAUCACAUGUUCAACGUUACAGGACGUCCCGGGCCCGCCGGCCGACAUCAAAGUGUUGGUGAUGUCUGCGUCAUCUUUGCUGGUCAGUUGGAAACGGCCAGAUAAUCCAAAUGGAGAACUGUUAUAUUAUACCAUAUACGUGAAGCCUACAUCUAGUACCGGUCCACCACACACGCACAGAGCAGAAGCCGCCGGAAAAACUACUGCGGAAAUAAAGGAUCUUACUGCGGGCAGGACUUACGAAGUGUGGGCUACGGCCAGCACCACGGUCGGAGAAGGUGGUGCCACCAGGAGGGUGUCACACACGCCAACUCAUCGAGUGGUAGCAGGAGUAGCAUCCCUGGGUGGGACUAUAUCAGUAGGAGUUGGCAGUUCCCUACUCCUGGUCUGCCAGUGUGUGGGCUCCCCACCGCCCAGGACCGUGUGGUACCACAAGCACAACAUCAUCACUCAUCAUCCGAGGUUCACGAGGAAUCACGAUGACAGCUUGCUUAUAAACAACAUAGACCAAUCGCUAAGCGGUAACUACACCUGCCUAGCUAAAAACCUGUACGGCUCAGACUCGGUGGAGUACACUGUGGUAGUUCUACCUUUGCCAGAAGCGCCGACAUUAAGGGCCACGCCUUAUAAGGACUCCAUUCUGGUGGACUGGGAGCAGCCUUACUACCCAGGGAAUAAGAGCUACAGUCAGAAGAUAAGCUACAGCUUGACGUGGAAAGAGGCCAGCGGUCCCUGGCAAGAAGCUUGGCCAGCCAGCAGGUUGUCCAACUUGUCAGGCGUCCAAAAACAUGUCCUGACAGGCCUGAAGUGCGGCACCAAGUAUUCCCUGAGGAUAGCGGCUACCAAUCGGGUGGGGACCUCGCAACCAGCAUAUUUGGAUGUCAACACCUUGGGUGGAGUCCCAAUCGCUCCGACAACGAAUGACUGGCUCUGGAGUAAUUGCAGCCACAUCUACGUCCAGCUCGCCGGCUGGGAGGACGGCGGCUGCGAGCUGACGGGCUGGGAGGUGGAGCACAGGCCGCUGGGCACCAGGCCUUGGAUCAGGACACACAACACUUUGGCCUACUCGUCUCCCUGGAAUCUUCCAGCCUUAUACCAGGCGAAGCCCUCGUACCGUUCCCUGGCCAUCGCGGACCUUUCCCCCGGGACCUGGUACCAGGUCAGGGUGACUGCCUCCAAUGAAGCCGGCAGUGUUACCACUACGUACAACAUUGCUACUAAAAAUGAGGAUGGCAGCGAAAUUGGACCGCCAUCUGAGCUGUUUGAUCUCAAUAUGUUAGUGAUUGUAUGCAGUUCAGUCUUGUUGACUAUUUGUCUGCUGAGCUGCGUCUAUAUACUACUGAAAAGGCAAAGAGGGGGCAAUCUCACAGAAUACCGCGACUCCAUCACAGUGGAUAACAAAUCUGAGAGCGGAGUGCUGACUGCGAACACUUCUCACACCAACCUGGCGAAUGUUAAGGAGAGUUCCAUUAACGCACAAAACAGGAUAUACAGCGCGCCCAUACACAUGAGAAACAAUAGUAAACAUGAACUGUACGAAAUCAGCCCUUACGCACAAUUUGCGGUGGGGUUCCGAACAUUCGGCCACGUUGAGAAUCAAGACUUGCCCAGUCGUCAUAGCAAACACAGCAGAUAUGAUACAGAGACGAGUUUUCAAGUGUGUUCAGAGUCGGAGGAUAGCGAUAGUAUAUCAAAAUCAACGCUCAAAAGUGCCCCAAGAAAAAUGUGCAGAACUCCACACCACAGAUAACUAGGCAAGAAUGUUCGAGAAAAUUGAAAAGGCUUUUAAUAAUUAAUACUAGUCAGUCUAAUAUUUUUAUUGAUAGAGACAGAAUGGAGCGAGUGAAAUAGUUUAUUUCUAAACGUGUUUCCAGCAGAUGAGAGAGAGUGCGGGGACCAUGGGGAAUGGAGUGUUGCAAGCCUUAGUCGCCAAGCCAGCGGCCCUUAGAGGCCUGUUGGUCCUAACACUAAUGUAUGUAAGGAAAACUAGAGAAAGCUGGCAUGAAAGCAGAAUAAAGAAAAAAAAGGGAGUGCUUCCUCGUAAAUUAACGAAGUAAAUAUAUGAGGUUAAAUAGGCAUUUUAGAAAGGGAAGGAUUAAAACAUACAUGCUGGGAUAAUGUUAAUAAAUUUUCAAAUUUGCAUGGAAAUAUUGAUGAAUGGAUGUAACACAAAAUGAAGUAUAUGGAGAGCGUUGCCAAGUGGGAAGAUCUGCCUGCCCCUUCCAGGAACGAGGUAUGAUUAAAUGUAUGUUUGUUUAAGUGUUGCUGAGCCAAUGUCAUACAGAUAUGCCAACAAAAAAUAGGAAUUAUUGAUAACGAACUAUAAAGUCUACCAUAAAUUUUGCGUUAUGAUUGUUUUUUAAUAGUCUAUAGAACCAGUUAUUUUUAUGGUGAUA